CACAGUGCAUUGGCAAAUGCCCAACGGUAAGGAAGCAAUCUCUAACUUAAUACGGAAAACUUGUAAAACGGCAAAGCAAAGCGAAAUGGAAAAGCUGAAAGCCAAACGCCAGCCGGAGACCAACAAAGCCCCAAUCCAGAGUCAGGCCCCAACUCAGACUCAUGCCAAUGCCGUUGCCAAUCCCUUCAAGCGUCCAAUGAAUACAUUGCAGAAGCAAUGGUAUCGAGUGCUUCUAGCCAGACGCGUGGGCUUCGGCCAGAGGCCUCAGCCGAGCGAAAAGGAGCCCACCUACGCUGACAUAUGCCAUAGACGCUAUGUAGCCGCGUUUCGCAGAUAUAACGAGCGUUUCCGCUGGGAAAUGGCAAUGCACGAGCAGAUGCAACGUUGCGCCAUCGACGCAAUGCGCGUGCACAGAACAUUUUCGAUCACAACGCUGUGGCUGCCGUUGCACUCGAAACGGGAAAUCAACUCAACGCUGGAAACGCUGGAAAAGGUUCUGACAGUGAAGGAAAGAAGACGCCUCGAGGAGAUACUCAAACGACUCGAAUCGCAGCGCACGCGACGCUUUUAACAGAUCUAAUGACUGCCGCCCGCGCGCUGCCAGGCUCGAGCACUCUCUCACUCGCUCACACUCCCCCUAACACCGCGCUCUCCCUACCGAGUGCAGCUGGAGUGAAGCAGCGAAAAGCACUUUCGAGUGCCGCACUUACCCCGCACCGGCAGCCCGGCUAAGACGCGCCCCCUUGGACUUGAAUUUCACUUUGCAGUGAGCCACGUUUUGGAAAUUGCUUUUCCUGCUGAUGCUUUGUCGUAA